ACGGAAAAAGUGCUCUAUUGCUUUUAUAAAAUAAUUCUCAAACAUACGCGCGAAUCUAACACGUCACAACCGUAUUUUCAUACUCCCAUCUAAACACGUCUAUCGACCAAUGAGAGCGCGCGCAAUAGCUCAGUUAUUUUAUAAAUUGCUGUAACCAACGGUUUCAAAUUUUGUUUUUUUAACAUCUGUUAAAACACGUAUGCGUUCGAAAUUUUUAGCAAAAAUACAGCCAUUAUGAUAAGUAAGGAUUCCUCAAAAUUACAGUUUCAUAGAUAUGUAAGGAAAUAUUUACCAGAUGGUUGUCCUCAACGUUCGCUGUACGUCACAAUCAAUGAGUGAUAGUUUCGGGUUGUGCUUGUUCAGUUAUCGCUUAUUAUCGAUUGUUGUGCUUUCACGGGUAUUUACCGGUAAUUAAUCUUGGGUGAAACAAAACUGUUUCGACAAAGCACCCAGAGUAUUCGCCAUUUAUUUUAACAGUAAACCAAUCCAAUUAUGUCAACAGGUUUAUUUUUUGUCUUUUCAGCUGCUGGUGAUCGUGUCAGACCCAUUUUGUGGUCUCCAGACAUAAAACGACCCAAGACAGAACCUUCAUUGUCUUCAAAGCAUAACCACGACUUAUCAUUACCCGCGUUAGUCGGUGAACCAGAGAAAUUUAAGAAAACAGCUAAAAACGUGACUUGGAUGGGACGAAUGAGCACCAUUUCUCGAGAAGCCAGAGACAUGGAAGAACAUCGAGAAAAGAUCGAAAGAUUGCAUAAACGAAUCAGUAACGUGGAUAAUCCCAGGAACAAAACUCCUUCGAGCGAUAAGAACAGAACCGAAACACCGGAAGGGGAACAGGUGGUAGUACAGAUAGAGCUACUGAAGCCCAAAGACCAGUUUGGUCUUUCAAUGCUUCUCUUCGACAAUACUGCUGUUAAAUGCCACUUGGUUAGUAAUGGCGCCGAGUGUGUGUUGAUCAAGAAAAGCUGGUUUCUUAAGCACGCUAACGAAGCAACUCUUCGCAAACUUAGGAAUCAGAUUCCUCCAUAUCCAAGCCAAGCUACACUGGAACAGAAAAUGCAAGAUCAAGCCAACUGGGACUCGUUCAGGACACAAACCAUUAAUACUCUUCUAGAUACACUUCACUUAUGACACAUCAUCACUUGUUAUAUGAAGGGCUGUAUGAAUUAGAACUAAUUUAAUAAUUGGCUGAAAAAAUUGAGAACAAACAGAGUAUACGGAUUAACUGUCGAGUUUUUAAAUAAGACAGGUCGUUCUUCGUAAACUUAUAACUGGGAAGACAAGCAUAAGUCUUUAACAUCUGUUACAUAUAUGAAACCGAAUACCAUAUAUUAAUACUCGUUGUUAAAACGUUUAUUGACUUAGUUCCCGCCCUGUUUCCCACCGCAGGAAAAAGACCCAGGUUACGUGGUUGACAUAGCUUGUCGAGUUUUCAAGAACAGGAAUAAAUGUUCGAAUACUUUAUGAUUUUGACCUGUGUUUCAAAGCUGUUCAAGCUUGUUGAGAAACCCGCUUGGUGCAAACACCUUAAACUGUCUUUCUUAACUGACAUGGUUAUGUAACACACGAAUGCAUUGGAGGUUAGUGGUAUUGAUUUAUACUAAAAUAAAUGCGUCAAAGUACAAGGUAAAUAUCUCCGACUCGCGAGGCCAGGCAGCGUUGAAUUUAGAUUGGUAUAAAAAAUAGUCAAUUAACCAAUUAAAUUUUUACGAGUACCAAACAUAGUAUUUUAAUAUUGACAAUAUAAAAUUUUCGAACGCAUGCGCUGUACAACGCAUUGAUAGUGAGAUGUGUACAAAUGUAUAUAAAAACAACUAUUUUCAAGUUAA